AGCAGAACAAUUUGUGACUUUUACAUUGAAACACUGAAAUAUUGGAACUUUUAUUAACUUGGGAUUUGCAAAGAUGUCUUCGGAUUCGGAAAUGUACACACCAAAAAAGGACGACUCGUUGCGAAAGAUUAACAAACCAAUGAUGGAGAAAAAGAGGCGAGCUCGGAUUAAUCACUGUCUCACACAACUCAAGAGCCUCGUUCUGGAGGCUAUGAAACGUGAUAGUGCACAGAUUUCGAAACUAGAGAAGGCAGACAUCUUGGAAAUGACAGUAAAUUAUUUACGUAAUACCCAACAUCAACAGCAGCAGUGUGUUGACUCCACAACUGAUAUGAGGCGAAACAAAUACAGGACGGGGUUCAACGAGUGCGCAACCGAGGUGAUGCGUUACCUAGGUAACGAAGAAGGAGCGACACCUGAUGUGAAAUCGAGGCUGAGUGAUCACUUGACCAGGUGCGUUCGAGUGAUGAACAGCCGACUUACUGAAUCUCGAACAGAAGGAAACGAGUAUAACUCUAGGACAUACGGAGAAGGUUUAUCUAUAGAUAUUCCGGUAUCGGGGUCAAAUAUGGGAUCAAUUCCAAAUCAAAAUAGUGUUUAUUUGCUGAAAACGCAAAACGCAAACGCAACAAUGUCCUAUCGGGGCCAGCAAUCGGUGUACACAACAGGACAGAUGACAUUUUCAGAAUCUUUGUCACAUUAUCAGAUAAACAAAGACAAUUCAAUGAUGAACGUGUCGCCAGUAAGACAAGGUCAAGGAGUCAACGUUACAUCCGGCCUGUCACAAUAUCAGAUAAACAAAGAAAAUUCAAUGAUGAACGUGUCGCCAGCAAGACAAGGUCAAGGAAAUAACGUCACAUCCGGCCAGCAGCACAUACAGCAUCCGGGUUAUUUGAACGGUUCUAUGAACUCGGGAAGGAGCACACCGACCGGAAAUGAUAACAUGGACCAACUCAAUAACAACAACGAAGCAGUAUGGCGUCCUUGGUGAUUGCCGGUCGAAAAGAACUUAGAGACAGUACUGAUUUAAAAAUAUUGGGACAAAAUGAUGAACUCAAUGGACUUACUCAAAUUAGUUAGAACUAUGAAUUUUCAUAGAUCAUGAUUUUUCCUGAAAUAGCUUUUUCUGUGAUAUAAUAAAGGGUGCAA